AUGAAGAUCACUGCUGCAGCUGCUCUAUUCGCUGGCCUCGCCGCCGCAGGCCCUGUCGAACUUGCUGAGAGGCAGUCUUGCCCCAAAGUCUACAUUUUCGGCGCUCGUGAGACCACCCAGCCUCAAAGCAAUGGUUACGGAACCGCUGCUGGUCUUGUGAACUCGGUCAAGUCCGCCUACUCGGGUGCCGGAUCUGAGGCCAUUGUCUAUCCAGCCUGUGGUGGAGGAAGUGCAUGCGGUGGUAUCAGCUACGACAACUCGGCUUCUCAGGGAACCGCUGCGGUUGUCAAAGCUGUUACUGCGUACAACCAGAAGUGCCCGUCGACUCAGAUUGUCCUCAUCGGAUACAGCCAGGGUGGUCAAAUCAUGGACAACGCUAUCUGCGGUGGUGCUGGCUCUACCUUGACCGGCAACGCCCUUGCUGCUGUCAAGGCCGCCAUCUUCAUGGGAGACCCCCACAACCGCAAUGGCCUGCCAUACAACGUUGGCACGUGCAAGGCUCAAGGCUCAUACUGCGACGCCGCCGACCCAUACUGCUGCAACGGCAACGACGCCAACUCGCACCAGCAAUACGUCAACAAGUACGGAUCCCAGGCUCUCACCUUCAUCAAGAGCAAGCUCACCGCGUAA